CAAGCCACCGGAUCCUGCCUCCGAAGCUCCCUCCCUCCUAUUUGACCCACCCGGCCAUAUCCUCCUAUUUAAGCCAACCCCCCACCCCCAGGCCAGAACACGCACCCAGAACCACUGGAACACCGCAAAGCCACUGUAACUCCACCGGCCGGACCUCCCCAAUCCGUUGGUCCGACGCACGGCGAUGCCUCCGGCAAUGGCCUUCUCCAACAACUCCGGAGCGCACACCACGGCGGAUGAGGACUACGGUUUUUCUGCCGGCCGUGGCGAGAAGCUCCCCUAUCCAACCCUUACCGCGGCGGGCGCAACCGAGCAGGGCGCAGCCUACUGCAACCCGAGCAUGCACGCCGACAAGGCCAUCCUGCUCGCUCCUCAGGCUGUCAUUGAUAAGGCGACGGCCGCAGACGUCGGCCAUGACAUGAACGAUGGAGCACUCGCUGAACGCGUGCUCCGCGGCCUUCCAAUCCUGGGCCUCGCUGUCGCUUCCUCCGCCGUCACUGCGCUCGCCACCGCCACGCCCACCCCGGCAAUGGGCUUCGGACUGUUCCUGAUGAUACUUAUUGGCCUCUCCGCCGUCAGUAUCCGUGUGCUAUGUGCCUAGGUGUCAUGGUACACAUGCCAUGGGAUCACAAUAAUAAUUUGCACCUGUCCUGAUAUUGGAUGCAAACUGUUUUUCUUUCGUCUCCUUUGUAUUUGUACCUACUUUCAAAAGUUGUGUUUGUAUUUGCAUCUGUUGCUAGAUGGGGCUGAAUUUCCAUGAAGUAUACAAAUAAAUUCACAAGUCAAUCUAUCCGAUCCAAAAGUUGGUUAUUCAUGUACCUUG